AGCGAAGCGAAUUCUCUAUCGCCGUCCACGGCUGGGGCAGCCACCCGGAAGAUCGAGCACCUGUCCGGGGGGUUGUUCGAGAGCUUCGCCGGCGUGCGGGGCCGCUUGCGCAGCACCGGGGGCAACAACUCCGCCUCCUCGCCAGAGAUGGAUCACCGCUCGCUACAGGAAGCCAAGGCGAAAGUUAUGAAGAAUCUCUUCUCGCAGUCCUCGGGUCCCCCGCGCCAACGCGUCCACCGUGGCGCUGCUAGUACUGGUGCAGCAAGCACGCCGAAGAUCUACACGCCGUUGCCGGAGAUGCAAUGAAAAAUUUCGAGACAAUUAAUUAUCAUCAUUUCCAUGAAACAAAAAGUAAAUAGAAACACAGGAAGAUGAUGAACACGUACACGAGGCAUAGAUACUUACUCCUCAUGAUGAGUGUCGUUUUCGAGCCUUACUAUUCAUUGCUUCGUACCAGUACCAGUUAAGAAAUGUGCCGUCUCUGGGUGAGAAAUGCCUUAGUGCCACGUGCUCGUCUCCUGGAGCACCCGACUGAUGAUACAAAAUCAAUGAACAAGGAAUAAAAGAAUGCCAAACUACCAAUAGAUUCUACUGCGGAAUAUCGUUUUCAAACAUAACAAUGGUUUUAUUAGCAAGUGCCACAACAUUGAUUUUUGUUUAAUCAUUUUCAUGUGUGUGCUGCAGGUCCAGGUGCAGCUUCACUCACUCUUAUUCAUGCAUCGUUUCAUCUGUUUUUUAAUUUUAGCUCCUAGUUCAUCAUCAUCCACCUCGUACGUGCUUCCUUCUAGCGCUAGCCUGUUCGUUGGGGCCAGCACUCACGGCCUACUUCCAAUCACACACAUCAAUCAUACUAAACCAGUAGUCAUCUGGAAAAGGCUAAAAGCUUGAGCUUCCCUGGUUAUAUUUUGAUUUGCUGUACAGUAUUACUUAACUACUAACUCUAAGGAUUGAACGAGAUGCACAUGCAUGCUGUGAACAAUUUUCUGCUUCUGUAUUCAUAAAGCUCAGUGGCAGUUGACUGGGCCUGGUCGGAAUUUCGAAUGCGAAUCUCAACAGGAAAUGAAAGAUUUAGGAAACCAUGCUCGCAGAUUUAGCAAACCACCUUGUCUGUACAGAUUCAUUGAACACCACCAAUAUUUUCC